GGCUGUAAAAGGAGGUGAGGUGGUUCAGUGUUCACUAGAUCAGAGGACGGUUCACCAGGAACACGGAUUACCAUGGAGAGAAAAGCCUUGCUUUGCAUCUUCUUCUUGUUGCUACCACUGGUCUUAGUGUCUGCAGUCAUACCUGUCCUUCACUCAAUAAAUGACCUCAGGAACAUCGAGUUUGGACACAGAUUCCCUCGUCAUGGCCUAAUGCUGCUACACUUUGUCUCUAGCGGCCUAUACGUCGAUAACAACAAUGUACUCAUACCAACGUUCUCGCCAGAAAGGGGAGACUGGGGCUUCCAUUACUUCAGUAACUAUGAAGAACUUUUUCCACCACUGCCAGAUCAGAACAGACAGGGUUACUACGCAGUCGGGAAUAUCAACACACCAACAGCAUACCCACUCUAUCCUUAUGUCACUCGCAACUACUACCUUACCCCAGGAAACUUAGAGAGGAACAUGGACAGGUUAGUUGUCAGAACAAGCCCCAACUGGCCACUGUUAGAGGCAGUCUACAUAACACAGCACUAUCGAAGAAGCAGUGAGUAUGACCCCCAUAGCAGUGAGUAUGAUCCCCAUAACACCUACCAAAUCAGCCCCGCCCUCCUGCGGGAGAUCAGGACCGUCAUCCAUAACAGGGUGGACAGUGUGCAGGCAUUUCUGUACGCUGCCGGCUAUGACGUACACUCCAUGUCAUUCACACAGAACUGCUAUGCCUCUAGUAGCACAUACAAGGUUGAAGAAGCAGACAGAAUGACUCUGAAUGAGUCCACUGCUAUAAUGAAAGAGGCAGUGGUGAAUGACCACCACACAGAGUGCUAUGCUGUUGUGAUCCAGGUGAAAUCCACAGAAAGUGGGUACGCCCGGCUCGGAUGGGCUAAUGUCCCGGACAGCCUACUGGAUGUGGGGGUGAUGCUGGCACUCUUUAAUAACAAUGGAAAUAAUCUCUUCUCUCUCCCUCUUGGCACGCGCAGCUACGGAACCUAUGACAGCAACCAGUACCUUAACCACGGCCUACAGGUCAAGCUCCUCUCCAAGGACGGGUCAAAUGUCUUCAUAACCGGGCCUCGGUAUGAUGACGCAGACAGGAAGGUUCCUGUUGGCAUAGAGGGUUAUGACGCCAGUCUGCAGCUCUACACUAAAGGCAGCUAUGCUUGCGCUCGCCUGUUCAUCAAAAAGACCUUCACCAAAUGGAAGACUGAUUUCUAUAACUCGUGGGUUGCAUUCUACUCCAAUCACAAAGAUGCUAGUAAUUCUUACUAUACUUACGAGUACGCUGUCAGAUUCACUAAGCAGGAUGACACAAACAUAAAAUAUGAUAUAUAUUCGUAUGUGUCUAGUUUGUCCAUUCAACCUGGAGCUCAAGCUCGAUUCUUCCUCACGAAAACAUACGAUAACAUUCUGACAGAAACUACACCAUGGGAAAGGUAAAAAGGUGUCCGGAAGAUUGCUGGUAUUAGUAUUAGUGUCUCCAGCCGUGAGCGAGUUACUUUACCUAUCAGAGGAGAAACCAGCAGAAUCUUACAACACUUGGAAAGAAAUUGGAAAGCAACAGUGUAAAUUUAAAGCACCCAACAGAGAACACCUCAGUCAUGUGAUUACCAAAGAGCUCUGUCUCCACCACUUACACAACACCACACCAUCUCCGUGGCGACAGAGCAGCCAAUCACCAUGCAGACGGCAGUAGAGAGCAGACAGGAUUGGACACAUCUGACCCUUCUGUAAUUCAGAGACUGAUUAGACUACUACUAAAAUAUGAUUUGUCUCAGGUAAUAAGAUGGAGAUGUGGGGAGAGGAUGAAUGAAUGAAUCAAAAGGUGUAAAUCAGCAUAAUGCCCUGAGGUAGUUUAUCUACCCUGAGCUACCUGACCUAUGAUAACUUCAUAACUGCAAUUGAACAAACUACCCUGACCAGACCAAUCGAGCACUGAUGUCUGUAAUGUCUACAUGUCAAAUGUUUGUAUUGUCUACUACCAUUAAUUGCGGUACAGUUUUUCUAUAUAAAUUGUAAAUUAUGUUUGUGUUCAUGGAGCCCAGGAAGAUUAGUGGUCGUCAUGGCGUCAGCUAAUGGGAUCCCAGUAAAGAUAAAGAUAAAUAACAUUGUGUUAUAUUGAAGGCCAUGAUUAUUAAGAUUGCUAAUGGAUGGGUAGAUUUGUUUGGGCUGGUUAGACUCAAUCUAACCACAGAGGAGCAGAGGGCCAGCAGUAUUUUGACUAGGGUUGCAAAAUUCUGGGAAAUUUCAAUACGUUUCACAGAAAUAAAUAUAUUUUCAGCAGUGGAGGCUGCUGAGGGGAGGACGGCUCAUAAUAAUAGCUGGUUAAACUGAGUCUAACCAGCCCAAACAAAUCUAUAUUUUAAACAUAACUUACUGUCGAUUUUUUUAUUUUCUAUGAACUUGUCUGUCGGGCCCGGCAUUAAAGACCAUAGGUGGUUUUAAGGAAAAUUGUGCAAAAUAAAAACACAUACCAAUUUCAUUUAGGACCUAAAAAUUGACAGCUGUGCCGUAUAAAUUGCAAAAUAAUUCUUGCAAUUCUUGCAACCAAUAGAAUGUUAUAUAUGUGGGGGAUACAAUCUUCCCAGCUCUGCAGAUUCUGCUGUGAGGAGGCAGAGUCAUUAGAUCAUUUAUUUUGGUGUUGUCCAUAUGUAGCUCGUUUUUGGUCACAGGUCCAGGAAUGGCUGAAGAAUUGCAAAAUUUACCUAGAAUUAACAUUGCAGAUACCAAUACUGGGUGAUUUAAAAAGUCAUAGUCAAUCAAUCAAUAAUAUAAUAAUUAUUUUUGCAAAAAUGUUUCUUUAAUUUACAAUCUGCAGAAGCUAUGAGAAUAGAAAGGUUCAGCAU